CACCUAGAAAUCAAACAAAACAAUAACGAUUUUACUUAGGCGAGAAUAGAACCAUCAGAGUGAAAAAAAUGGACGUUCAAACAGAUGUUUCGCCUAUGACCGGAGAACAAAUUCAAUCAUACAGAUUGAGGACAUCAGCAGCCCAAAACCAUAACGUUGUUUUAGGAGCGCAGAAUAACUUUUCUGCACCAAACCAAAUCAAUACAGAAGAACAGACGCAAAAUGUUUUAGACGAGAUACCCGGUGAGCGUUUCCAGGAACGACAUCAUUUGAAUCUGGAUACCGAUUUUGACUAUCCUAGAAAGGGCACGGAUCCAGGCAUAGUACUGAUUUUCAACAAUGAGACUUUUUCAGAUGAGCCGAGACUAGGUUCCAGAAGAGAUGUUAACGAGAUACUGAUUUGUUUUUCUAGAUUGGGCUUUAAUAUACACGAGUCAGAUGUGUGUACGGAUUACAGUGCCGAGCGAAUUCAAAACAAAAUUGCUCAAAUUUUGAACGAUAAAGAGAGAUUAAAAAAUACAAAUUGUUUGGUUGUCUUCGUAAUGACGCACGGAGAGGAAUACGAAAUGUUAAAUUCUCUUGAUGGCUGGUUUAGAACUAAAGAUAUUUGGAAACAUUUUAUGGAAUGCGAAGAACUAGAAGAUAAACCUAAAUUGUUCUUUAUACAAGCAUGCAAAGGAUAUUUUUCUGCAAAACUUGCCGUUUCGACAGCUGAACUAGACAAAGAUAAACAAGAUAAGCCUCCUCUAAUUGAUCAUAGAUACUUAACACCGGGAGAAUUGGGACCUGAUAUGCUUAUCGCUUAUUCAACCAUAGAAGGUAAUGUUUCGUUCAGGGAUCCCCAAAGUGGUUCGUGGUUUAUUCAGGAAUUGUGCAAGAACUUUUCCACCUACGGUAGAAGAGAAGAUGUAGUAAGCUUAAUGACUAGAAUAAACAAAUGCGUAUGUAGAAACUAUUAUACUAUUAGACUCCAAGAUAUCGCAAAACAAACGCCUGCUUUCGUAUCGACCUUGUCAAAGAAAUUCUACCUAAACAGGAACAAAGACAGGCACAUUCUGUUGCAAAUCCAGAAAGAUACCGAUGAAAUUAAUGGUAUUGUGAAAGAAAUAAUGAAUUGUCUUAAUAAUAGACCUUCAGUUGCUUAGUGUGUAGGAUUUUAAAUGCACCAUUUGAGCUUACAGGAUGCCAUCCAAAAAUUUCAAAUCAGGCAUACAGGAAGUAUACUGUUAGAAGAGUGUACUUUCAGUAUCCUGGAUAAAUCUAUAAAUACCAUAUGAUUGAAGCAAAGACCUUUAAAAUGACAAUGGAUUUAUUGGUGUGGUCGACCCCCAUAUGUUAUUUGUUUAAAAUUGACAUAAAAAGUUAUCAGUAAUUAGUAUUUCGUUUAUAUAAAUGUGAAUGAUUAACGGAAAUUUUAUUUGUUUUUAUUCAUAUAAUAAUUCUGACAGUGUUAUGUCACUUUUAAUAAAUAAUAAUAAUUUUACAGUCAUUUUUUACAUUUGAGUCAUUUCAAAAACUACUAUGAUGUGGUUUUAUUUGAUUGUAUAAAAGAACCCAAUAGUCCGUGAACAUAGAACUACUACGUAUUUUUUUUAAUAAAAAUAUGUUACUUGAACAGAAUUUACCUAUGUAUAUACAAAAAUUGUUUCGUUUAUCCGUUAUACUUUGAAACCAUCAGUCCAAAAUAAACCCAAACGUUAAUUGUGUUACGAAUGAGGGAAGAUUUUGACAGAAGACAAAAUCCAAAAAAUGAGGGAAAAUGCAAUUUGACUGUGAAUUAAGAUAGAGAUAAUUGUCACUGUCAGGAAUCCUGUUGUUGGAUGAACUAUAAUUUUAAAUUUAGAAAUAAAAGAUGUAAUAAAUACUAGGACCUAAUUACGAAAAAAAAAUCAGUCGUCUUGGGAGAUUGAUGUAGUGAUGAAGGUGGCUUUCACCCUUCUUCUACCCUUUCUGUUUUUGUUGUGAAAAUCAAAUAUUAAAGCGUAUAGCAAAAUAUAAGAAGCCCGAAUCUCAUUCAUAUUGGAAUAUCGGUUUUUACAAUAUCUUAAAAAAUGUAUUGAUUUUCUUAAAAAUUGAUGCACUCUAAGAGACAAACGAAAAACUUCUGUAUAAAGGUAAAGUAUUAUGCCCAAUUAACACACGUAGUAAUUCUAUGUUCACGGAAUAUUGGGACACUCUAUAUAUGUAGAUUAUUAUAUUAAAUACAGAUUAUUUUCUGUAUUUAAAAUUACAAACAUUUUAUUAGAUAGUCGGAAUUAACUACGAAAUAUAAAACUAAAUUUUAUGUUAAAAAUAUCAAAGUAAUACGGUAGUCUAGUACUAAAUGGUAGAUAAAUAAAUCCUAAAAUUACAUAUUGUGAGGUGAACACCAAUAUUGUAAAUCCCAAAACCCAUUUCGGAAAACAAGGGAUGAGGAUCCACUCAUAUGUAUAUAUGUAUAAAUAUGUAUAAAAAAAUACCAAUGUAAAAUAUACUAUUUUAUAUUAAGCAAUAUUUAAGGAUGUUAAUAAUUAAAUUUAUCAAUAUUCGCAUUAAUUGUUGGUUUUUAAAUAAAAUAAUGUUUAAUAAACAAUAGUUAUUUUAAAA